AUGCUGGAGCUGGAGGCGCUGGAGCUGGUGGUACUAGAGUUGGAGGUGCUGGAGCUGGAGGCACUGGUGCUGGCACUGGAGGUGCUGGAGCUGGAGGUCCUGGCGUUGGAGGCGCUGGAGCUGAAGGCAUUGGAGCUGGAGGCACUAGAGCUGGAGGCGCUGGAGCUGGAGGCGCUGGACCUGGUAGCCAUGUGCAGCAGCGUGAGCCCCUCUCACCACAGCAGCUGCGCGAGUGGCUUGCCCGGCGCACCCGCCUUCGGAGUCGCGCAGGAGCUGGAGGCACUGGAGCUGGAGGUGCUGGCACUGGAGGUCCUGGAGCUGGAGGUCCUGGCGCUGGAGGCGCUGGCGCUGGAGGCACUGGAGCUGGAGGUGCUGGAGCUGGAGGCACUGGCGCUGGAGGCGCUGGAGCUGGAGGUACUGGAGCUGGAGGCGCUGGAGCUGGAGGCGCUGGAGCUGGAGACCCUGGAGCUAGAGGAGCUGGUGCUGGGGGUACUGGCACUGGAGACGCUGAUGCUGGAGGUGAUGGCGCUGUCGCUACUGGAGCUGGAGGCGCUGGAGCUGGGGGUGCUGGCGCUGGAGGUGCUGGAGCUGGAGACACUAGCGAUAGAGGAGCUGGUGCUGGAGGUACUGGCGCUGGAGACGCUGGCGCUGGAGGUAUUGGAGCUGGAGGUGCUGGAGUUGGAGGCGCUGGAGCAGGAGGCCCUGUGCAGCAGCGACCAUUUUUCUUGCAACCGCCGCAGCUGUCCGAGCUUCCACCCAAAGCGUCGUGAGCCUGCGUCUCGUCCUGCCUCCCCUGCGUGCUCGUCGUGUCCCGCGUUCGCGUCCUCCUAUUGUGCCAGGUACUCACACUAUGGUACUCAGCACUUGCCUCUGCCGUCUCCUCCUGCGUCCUCUCUUCUUUACGUUCCGGACCCUGAGUCAGACCGUGUUCGUGCUGCCAGCCCUACUGUCACCCGUCUCUCGGCUACUGUUGUUACUGACCCGCCACUUGAGUCUGCUGUUGCGUCUGCCUUAGUUGUUGAGCUUGUGGACUUUGCUGCUGUGUGUCGUCUAGACUACACCGCCAGUCUUGUUGCUGAGUCUGAGUCUGUCUGUCCUCCGUCCGUCUGGGGUGAGCUGCAUGCACCAGAGGGAGACCCGGAUGCACUGAACAUCCCGACCCCGCGCUCCUACGCAGAGGCGAUUUCGGGUCCCUACUCCUCUCAGUGGCAGACAGCCAUGGACGCAGAGAUGGCAUCCUGGAAGUCCACAGGCACCUACGUCGACGAGGUUCCCCCUCCUGGGGCGAACAUUGUCGAUGGCAUGGAGAUUUUCAAGACCUUCUCCCCUACCCCAAAGAUGACCACUCUUUGGGUGCUGCUGCACGUUGCCGCUCAACGUGACUACGAGCUUCACUCGCUUGACUUCAGCACAGCGUUCUUACAGGGCAGCCUGCACGAGGAGAUCUGGCUGCGCUGCCCACCUGGCUUCACUGGGUCGUUCCCUCCUGGUUCCCAGUGGAGCCUCCGGCGCCCAGUCUACGGUCUCCGCCAGGCGCCUCGUGAGUGGUACGACACACUGAGGACGACACUUGCGGCUCUUGGGUUUGCUCCUUCCACUGCUGACCCGUCGCUGUUUCUACGCACCGACACUUCGCUGCCGCCGUUCUACAUCCUCGUGUACGUCGACGACUUGGCUUUUGCCACUGCUUACACCGAGGCACUGGGCGUUGUAAAGUCGAGGCUGCAGAAGAGACACACGUGCACAGACCUGGGUGAGCUGCGCAGCUACCUUGGCUUGCAGAUCACUCGGGACAGAGCACGCCGCACCAUCACCCUGACUCAGUCACACAUGGUGGAGCAGGUCCUUCAGCGCUUCGGCUUCCAGUUCUCCUCACCACAGUCCACUCCUUUGCCUACCGGUCACUCGCUCUCAGCUCCACCUUCGGACGAGUCCGUAGAGCCGAGUGGCCCAUAUCCAGAGCUUGUGGGCUGCCUCAUAUACCUGAUGACCUGCACGCGACCUGACCUUGCGUACCCUCUUAGCAUCCUAGCUCGCUACGUUGCGCCUGGGAGACACCGGCGAGAGCACUGGGAGGCUGCUAAGAGGGUGCUGCGCUACUUGUGCAGUACAUCGGGCAUGGGGCUGGUGCUUGGAGGACGGGGUCGAGUUGUCCUCACUGGACACUCAGACGCCUCUUGGGUUGACGACCUGGCUACGCAGCGGUCGUCACAGGGUUACACCUUCAGCCUUGGCUCUGGCUCUGUUUCUUGGCGGUCUACCCGCUCGUCUUCGGUUCUCAGCUCCAGUUGUGAGGCUGAGAUCUAUGCCGGGGCCAUGGUUUCACAGAAGUUACGCUGGCUCACCUACCUGCUGACUGACUUGGGAGAGCGGCCUAGUGUUCUCCAGUUCUGCCUCGUGCCUACGUUUUCUCACUUGCUCACUUCUUGA